UAUGUUAUUGUAAAGGGUAUUUAUCUGAUGUUGGCGUGUGUUUUGCCAGCACGGAAACAAUACAACGUAAUGCGGGUAAUAGUAAGAAGUGUCGUGUUGUUGAUAUUCAUACCUUGUUGUGUGGCUAUUCUUUGGAUUGGUAAGAAGGAGAGUGCUAGGCCUAACAGUGGAGAUGGCAGGCUUCCUCCCAACUUACCGUCUUCUGAUGAGGGCGGACUAAGUCUUGAUAUAGACCUAGACGGGGACCUAGGCCUAGACGUAGUUUCCGUUUCUAACUUCAGUAGCACUGGGCCUAUGCCUAGUAGUAGCAGUACAUUCGUAACAUUUGCCUAUACAAAUGAAACAGAACUGAUUCACAAACGUUUCGAUAGAAGUGUAAAAGAUGAAGAAAAGGAUGAAAUGGCGUAUUUAAAAGGAGAUGUAAUUAUCGGAGGCCUCUUCCCUGUCCACAUUCCCGAUGAUGAUGUGCUCUGUGGGAAGAUACUAACAAAGUCAGGCAUGUGGACAGAGAGUAUGAUAUAUGCCAUCAGUGUUAUCAAUAAGGAUGUAAGUGUGCUGCCAAAUACGACGCUUGGAUAUGAAAUCCGAGAUGAUUGCUCAGAUUACACACAAGCUUUACAGCAAACAUUAAAUUUUAUAGACGUUAGUUCUGUGGAAGAUUCUGAAACUUGUUCCGGUGAACCUAAAACUAUUGGAGUUGUUGGAACUGGCAAAAGUUCCACAUCAAAAGCAGUCUCUGAUCUACUGACUUUAUUUAAGAUUCCACAAAUCAGUUAUUCAGCUUCAGCUUCUGAGUUUAGCAACAAGAUGCGGUUUCCUUACUUCUUUCGCACGGUCCCAUCCGACAAACACCAGGCCCUUGUGAUGUCCGAGAUUGCAAAGAAAUACCAAUGGAAUCUUGUAUCCAUCAUUUAUUCCAAUGACAACUAUGGUAUUGAAGGCCGGCAAGAAUUGGAAAAGAACUUGCAGGAGGCCAAUAUCUGUGUGAGCGAAAGCCUGAUUCUUAAUGGUGAGAAGACAGCCAAGGAAGUAGUGACAAAAUUGAAUAAUAGCAAAGCGGAGAUUAUUUUCACUUUCUGUGGGAAGGAUUAUAUUUCGAAAAUCCUUGAGGAAUCCAAGAAACAGAACAUGACUGAUAAAACAUGGAUAGCUUGUGAUUCGUGGGCAAAGAACGAUCAAUUGAUUAAAGGAUAUGAACGUGUUGUGGAAGGAAUGCUGGGAGUUCUUCCAAUGUCUGAUGUUGAUGACGAUUUUGUGAAGUAUCUCCUGAGCAUUGAUCCACUUACUCAUGAUAACCCAUUCUAUAAACUCACCUUGGCCCACCAUUAUAAUUGCGCAUUUACCAACUCCACAACUAAGCGUUUAUGUACCCGUAAUGACACCUUCCAGAUUGACGUAUGGUCAGCAUUUAUCAUGGACGCUGUCUAUGCAUUUGCAUAUGCUUUGGAUGAUAUGUAUAGAAAUAAAGAUGGAGACUACCAGAGUUAUGCUGAAUACAUAAGGAAUGUCUCGUUUAACGGUGUUACCAAUCCUAGUUUUAGCUUUGACAGAAAUGGAGAUCCUCAUGCUAGAUACAAAAUAUUGAACUUACAGAAAGUUGACAAUCAGUGGAAAUUUCAGAGAGUAUUUGAGUGGAUUCCAGACAAGGGGUUCCAGGAGCAACAGACAGAAAUCCAAUGGAAGAAUAAUGGUCAGCAACCUGCAGGAAGGUGCUCAAAAUCCUGUCCAGCCGGCAUGUACCAGAAGGUGGGAAAAGACCUGGCAUGCUGCUGGACAUGUGAACAUUGCCAAGAUAAAACUUACACAACAAAAGCUGGGCAGUCUUAUUGCAGUUCGUGUGAGGCUGGAUAUAGUGUGAAUACAGAAAAUACGAAGUGCACCUUAAAUACAGUUCAUUACCUUAAAUGGUCGUCUAUGGUUACAUUUUUUCUCAUCUUGUUGGCAGCAGUGGGAUUGAUGAUGGCCUUAGCGUGUCUGACUGUCUUCGUCAGGUAUCGCAAUACGCCAACGGUCAAGGCUACAAGCACGGAGCUGAGCUAUGUGCUGAUUAUUGGGGUCAUGUUCAGCUUCUUGUGCACGUUUUUGUUCUUCGGGGAGCCAACAGAUUUCAUCUGUAAUGCACGCUUAGUAACGAUGGGUGUAAGCUUCUCCAUUUACGUUGGAGCAUUGCUUAUGAAGACCAACCGCAUUUCAAGAAUUUUUAAUCGAAAAUUAUCAGAUGGUAGGCCAUCGAUUUUCCUCAGCAUCAAGUACCAACUGAUGUUUAUUGUCGUUAUUGUAAUGGUACUUGUGAUUGUCCAGGGUAUGAUAAUCUACUCAUCUCCUUCUAAGCGACAAGAAAACAAAGAAGAAAGUGAUACCUACAUUCAAUGCAAGCAUAAUACCCUAGCUCCUCUUGCUAUUAUUGUUUAUAAUUUGAUCUUGGCAUUGCUCUGCGGGUACCAAGCUUUCCGUAUUCGCAAGUUACCAGGCCAGUUCAACGACUCAAGAUCAAUAUCAUUCACAAUUCUCACAUGUUGUCUAAUCUGGUUCAUCUUCUUGGCGUCGAUGUUCACAAAGAAUGGCUACUCGAAGGCGAUCAUCUGCAGCAUUGGCUUCAUUGCCAAUGGAAUGUCUGCGCUCAUUUGCAUGUUCUUUCCAAAAGUUUGGAUCAUCUACAUGCGCCCGGAAGAGAACGUGCGCCAGUCCACAAUCAAUAUGAAAAAUGCGAGCCGUAUCACGAUCGUCACUAGAAAUGGGACAACUAGCAUUAGUGAGAACUCAAGUGCUAACCAUAAGGUAGCAGCAUUCCCCGAGAAAAAAAUGGAAGAUUCCUCAACAAGCACUUUGAAUAUCAGUGAAGGAUUGUUGGAAAAUUUUAUGGAGAAACUAUGCAGAAAGGAAGAGGAACUUGUUAAGAUGGAAAGAGGUCGGGAUGAGGUCGUGGAGCAGGCCAAUAAACUUUACAAAGGGCUGGAGGAAAUGCAGAAAAGACAUGACGAACAAAUGGCAUACUUGUCGGAGGUUUAUCGUACCGAACGCCAAGCUUUCCUGGAUCUUAUGGAAGGCAUUGGUCUGAAUGAAGCAGACUUGGUGACAUUGCUGGAGAGGUCAGCAGUUACUCAUGCUAAGAGCUUAGUUGGAGACGAGACAGACAGCUGUGAAAGCUCUGUGAUGUGGAAAAAUAUAGAACGUUAUAAAUUGGAUACUGAAGAAGCAGUGAUUGAUGGCAAGGCAACAGAUGUGCUGAGACCAAUAUCAAGAAUGAUGGAGAGGAGUAACAAGUAUCGGCAGACGGUGCAAGAUCUGAGCAAGGAGCGGCAACAUCUCAAACACACAAUCAUACAGCAACUGAAUGGCACAAUGCAUGAUGAGGAGGUUGAGGAAGAGGAGGAAGGAGAAUUAUCAGAGAUUAGCACCGAGGAGGAGGGGGAGGGGGAAGUGGACAAGGAGGAGGGAGAGGUGGACAAGGAGGUAGCCUCUGAGAUGAAUCCAAUCAGACAUUCCUGGCUUCUUUAUGUUGAACAUGAAUCUAAUGUUUGAGUAGACUUACCUUAUAUUUUUAUAUUUAACAUAUUUAGAUAUCAGAUGAAUCAAGUGUAUACACCAGUAAGGCACCAAAAUAUAUCCGCUUACAUAAACAAAUACUGUAUAUUGUGAUAGACUCCACUUUGAAAUAGUUUGUACUUGUAAAUGUGUAAUGUAAUUUAGCGUAAUGUAAUUAAGUCUCAAAGUGCUUGAAGUGUGGACUAGCUCAUACAGUAACGUCCUUCUCCUCUAAUGGUCAAUUUGUGGUCACUUAGUCACUUGUCUAUCCACAACAGGGGCUGUAUGGACCAGUACACCACACACAC